CGUAGUACUCCUGAACGGCGUCUAUACUUCCCCUCCCACGACUCCCUCAAACUUCUCGAGAAUUUCCUCCCUCAUCGUUCUCCGCUCUAGCGGGCUUCUCAUCGGUCGAUCAAUCAAAAAUCAGGAAAACAACCCGACCAUUUUAAAACCCUAGAACUAGAUAAACUAGCAAAUAAAAAAUCCUCUCUCUAUAUCUCUAUCUUUCGAUGGCGCAGCAAUUCAGAGAUCCCCAGACCCUAGAUAUUGCCGAAGAUCGGAUCACCGAUUGCUUGCGGGCAGAAUCCUUGACCGACGAUCCUUUGCUCUCUCGAAACGUCUACUUAAGCCGCCUCAACGCCUGUGCUCCCGAGUUUGUGCCGCGAGCGCCCUUGCUGGCAAACCAAGGAGCUCAGCGAGUCAAACAUCAUCAUAAUCAUCAGCACAAGUCUCCUGUGGUUCACGUGGUCUAUCAUCAUCCUCCUCCGCAUCCUCCGUCCAUGAGCCCGCAGUUUGUUGUUCCAUCAACGAAUCAUGGGAUAUAUCAUCAGCAUCAUCAUAAUCAGGAGUGUCAUGAGGAGGAUGUGGAUCAAGCUCCGGCGCGACCGGGUCCCGCAAGAGAAGGAUUGUCUGAAGACGUCAUUCAGAAGAUCACCAAACAGGUAGAGUACUACUUUAGUGAUGCAAAUUUGGCAACUACCGAACACUUGAUUAGGUUCAUCACCAAAGAUCCAGAUGGAUUUGUGCCAAUAACAGUUAUUGCAUCUUUUAGAAAGAUUAAGGCUUUAGUCCACAACAAUUCCUUGCUUGCUGAUGCUCUGCGAACUUCAUCGAAACUUGUUGUUAGUGAAGAUGGGAAGAAAGUCAGACGCCAACAACCAUUUACAGAAUUGGAUGUUGAAGAAUUGCAGUUGCGUAUUGUUGUCGCUGAAAAUCUUCCAGAUGAUCAUUGUUACCAAAGUCUUAUGCAGAUUUUCUCUGCAGUUGGGAGUGUGAAGACAAUCCGUACAUGCUAUCCUCAGGUCCCUAAUGGAACAGCAUCUACAACAAACAGAUCCUCAAAAUUAGAUAUGCUUUUUGCUAAUAAGUUGCAUGCAUUUGUGGAGUACGAGAGUGCCGUGGAUGCUGAGAAAGCAGUUACAGAGCUCAAUGAAGGAAAGAAUUGGAGAAAUGGGCUUCGUGUUCGUGUACUGUCUAGUUGCAUGGUCCCAUCAAAGCAAGGCCCAGCUCGAGGGCGUAAGCUAGGGCAUGAAGGUGAUGCAAAUGUAGAAGAUGAGAAUACUUCCACAAGUGACCAGCCAAAGGUCAAUCACGUGGAACAGGAUCCUUUGCAGUCAGCUGCAAUUCCACAUGAGCAUGUUGGUGAGGAGGUGGUUGUCAAUGAAAAGGAAAGUGGAGCAGCAAAGAGGGGGAAGGGAAGGGGCCGGGGUAAAGGACGUGGACGAGGAGGGCCUUUCCACAAUAGUAACAACUACAAUACCAACCGCUACAUAGGCGGAGGCCACACAAUAGGCAGUCCGCCACCUUCCAGUUAUCCUGUCCACAAUGAUCAGCCAACUGCAGUAUCAAGGCAGCCUCCUGGGCCUCGCAUGCCAGAUGGCACAAGGGGAUUCACUGUUGGUCGUGGAAAGCCUCUUCAACCACACACCGUGCAGUAGAGCAGCUUGAAUGCUUUAUUGCAUAGAGGAUUGUGCCCUUACAUGAUGUGGGGAUCUUUUUAGAUCAAAAUGUUUCGGGGGGUGGGUAAUGUAUUCUAUAUGGGUAUGAAGCACAUCGUGGUUUCCCCAGUAUUGGAGGGUAUUUUGAUGCCUUCAGGAGAUGUGAUAUGGUGAUUCGGCUUGAAUUUUAGCUACUGUUUAUUUCUAUUUAUGCGUGUUACCUAUGUAUUUUUGAAAUUAUCCUUCAGCUCUUCAUAUUUGCCGGUCUAUUCUCUCUA